AUGGAAGACCCUGUGCAGCUGAAGGACGAAGGGAAUAAAUAUUUUCAAGACAACGACUACGAGAAUGCGAUUAAAAGCUACACCAAAGCCCUGAAACUCACCAAUGACAAGGCGCUCCAGGCUGCCUUGUACCGAAACCGAGCGGCGUGCUUUCUGAAAAAGGAGAGCUACGUGCAGGUGGCAUCAGAUGCAUCUAGAGCAAUCGAUAUCGACCCAGCUGACAUUAAGGCCUUGUACCGGCGCAGCCAGGCGCUUGAGAAGCUGGGCAAGCUGGACCAAGCCUUUAAAGACAUCCAAAGGUGUGCCACGAUCGAGCCCCGGAACAAAAACUUCCAGGAGAUCCUUCGCCGACUGGGAGCCGAAAUCCAGGAGAAGUUGAAGAUACAGUUCUCGACGGACGCCAGAGUGCAGAAAAUGUUUGAAAUCCUGCUGGAUGAGAACAGCGACAAAGAGAAACGAGAGAAGGCAGCAAACAACCUCAUCGUUCUUGGCCGGGAGGAAGCCGGAGCGGAGAGGAUAUUCCAGAACAAUGGUCUGCCCUUGCUGGUGAGGCUGAUAGAAACCAAGAACCCGGAGCUGAUCCUUGCGGCUGUGAGAACCCUUUCGGGGAUGUGCACAGGACAUAAGGCGCGGGCCACCGCAAUCCUUCACUUGCUGGGCAUCGACAACAUCUGUAUGUGGAUGUCCAUAGACCACGAAGAGAUCUCGCUGGCCGUCUCCCACCUUCUGCAGACCAUCAUAGACUCGUUAACCGGGGAGGGCAAGAAAGACGAACAUGGAAAAGAAGAUGCUCUGGUGCUGGACACCAAGAAAGAUCUCAAGAAGAUCACCAUGCACCUUCUAGAUAUGCUUCCCAAUAAGAAGGUAUCAGGGCAAGGCCGGGAUCGUGCUCUCAACCUACUCAAUAAAAACGUGCCAAGGAAGGAUCAGAGAAACCACGACAACAGCAGGACCCUCUUUGUGGUUGACAAUGGUCUAAAAAAGAUCCUGAAAAUUGCCGGCCAGAUCCCAGACCUGCCCAAUUGCCUGCCGCUGACAGAGAACACCCAGCUGACAACUUCCGUUCUUCUGAACAAACUGUACGACGAUUUGCGAUGCGAUCCUGAGAGAGAUAAUUUCAGGGAGCUCUGCGAAGAGUACAUUCAGAGCAAAAUUGACCCGAAAGACAUGGAUAAGACCCUUCAUGCCAUCCAGGUAGUGUCUGGAGUCUUGCAAGGACCUUUGGACCUGGGUAACAAGCUGCUGGGCAUGAAGGGCGUCAUGGAGAUGAUGGUGGCCCUGUGCGGCUCCGACAGAGAGAUCGACCAGUUAGUGGCCGUGGAAGCCCUCAUCCAUGCCUCGACCAAGCUCAGCCGGGCCACCUUCAUCAUCACCAACGGGAUCUCCCUGCUGAAGGAAAUUUACAAGAAGACCAAGAACGAGAAGAUCAAGAUCCGAGCUCUGGUGGGCCUUUGCAAGCUGGGCUCCGCAGGGGGGACCGACUACGGCCUACGCCAAUUUGCCGAAGGCUCUACCGAAAAGCUAGCGAAACAGUGUCGGAAAUGGCUGUGCAACCCCACCAUAGACACCCGCACGCGGAAGUGGGCCAUAGAAGGGCUCGCCUACCUGACCCUGGAUGCUGACGUCAAGGACGAUUUUGUGGAAGAUGAGCCGGCCAUGCAAGCCAUGUUUGAACUCUCCAAGACGAGUGACAAGACCAUUUUGUACUCCGUGGCUUCCGUCUUAGUCAACUGCACCAACAGCUACGACGUCAAGGAAAUCCUCCCCGAGCUGGUGCAGCUGGCCAAAUUUUCCAAACAGCACGUGCCCGAGCAGCACCCAAAGGACAAAAAGGACUUUGUCGAGAAGCGAGUGAAGCGUCUGCUCAAAGCCGGCGUCACCUCUGUGCUGGUUUGCAUGGUGAAAGCAGACAGUGCCAUUUUGACGGACCAGACCAAAGAACUCUUAGCUCGGGUUUUCCUCGCUUUGUGUGACGACCCCAAGGACCGCGGUACCAUUGUGGCUCAAGGAGGUGGAAAGGCUUUAAUACCAUUAGCUUUAGAAGGCACAGAUGCUGGCAAAAUAAGAGCAUCACACGCCCUGGCGAAGAUUGCUGCCGUUUCCAAUCCAGACAUCGCAUUCCCCGGUGAGAGAGUGUACGAGGUUGUGCGGCCGCUGGUCAGCUUACUGAACACAGAGCGAGACGGGUUACAGAACUUCGAGGCUCUGCGUGGUCUCACCAACUUUUCCGGAAGAAGCGACAAACUCAGGCAAAAGAUUAUCAAAGAGAAAGCAAUGCCAGAGGUCGAAAACUACAUGUUUGAAAACCACGAUCAACUCCGACAGGCUGCGACGGAAUGCAUGUGCAACCUGGUCGUCAACAAAGAGGUUCAAGAGAGAUUCCUGGCUGAUGGAAAUGACCGGCUGAAGCUGAUUAUAUUGCUGUGCGGGGAGGACGACGAGAAAGUCCAGAAUGCGGCGGCAGGAGCCCUGGCCAUGCUGACCGCAGCACAAAAGAAACUCUGCCAUAAGCUGACCCAAGUGACGCCCCAGUGGCUGGAGAUUCUUCAAAGACUUUGCAUACACGACCAGCUGGACGUCCAGUACCGUGGGCUAGUGAUUGUUUAUAACUUAAUCCAUGCCGACCAAGAGCUAGCGAAGAAGUUGGUGGAGAGCGAGAUGCUGGAGAUUCUCACCAUUAUCGGGAAGCAGGAAGACAACCCCAACCGCCAGCAUGUGCUCAAAGUGGCCCGUGACUGCCUCAUUAAGUUCAUGGACUAUGGGUUCAUUAAACCCGUGUCUCAGUCAUAA